UGUACAUACAGACACAGGCACGUACAGACACACAGAUACAUGUACAUACACAGAAAUACACACGCACAGACACAUGAAGAUACACACAGACACAUGUACAUAUAGACACAUGUACAGAUACACACGUACACCCCCCCCCCCCAUAAAAAGUUGCAGUACUUCGUUGUUCACUCACAGAGCCAGGUACUGCACUCUAGGGGGAGGCAGAGAGCACAUACUCCUUGCUUUGCUUUCACUGAGCUCAGCUAUUGAGCAGUCUGAUGGCACCCAGUGCCAAUGACAGAUCCGGUCUGAGCGCCGAGCCUGCUCAGUAAGAUGGCCCUGGGGGACACACUCGCCCCCACCAUAAUUUCCACUAGCCAUUGGCGAGCAGGCGAGUAGAAAUUUCAAGCCCUGCUGUAGGAUCCUAUUGU